UGUCAACCUGCGUUGAGUUGGAAAAAUUGCAUGUCGCUAUGUUCAGUCAAGUCAGAACUCGAAAUAAAUAAAUUGGUCAUGGCUGAAAACGAGGGACGUAAACAUCGGGAAUCGAAUUUCCUUGACGGAGAAGUGAGCGAGCAGCCAGUACCGGCGCCCAAGUUGGGACCACACGGCGUCCAGAUCGUGGACACUGGCCCCGACCACACGUUCGUGCUCAACGAGGAGGCGCUUGCCGAAUUACUGCUGCAAGAUGACAUACGAGACCGCGCGGUCGUCGUGCUGUCUGUCGCUGGUGCUUUCCGCAAAGGAAAGUCCUUCAUACUCAACUGCUUCUUACGAUAUAUGCAUCACAAGUACGGCCCCGGUGGAGGCGGGGACUGGCUGGGCGCGGACGACGAGCCGCUUGAGGGCUUCAGCUGGCGCGGCGGCUCUGAGCGGGACACCACGGGCAUACUCAUGUGGUCAGAAGUCUUUAAGACAACGCUGCCCACCGGAGAGAAGGUUGCGGUGAUCCUGCUGGACACGCAGGGUGCGUUCGACAGUGAAUCGACAGUGCGGGACUGCGCCACUGUGUUCGCGCUCUCCACCAUGCUCUCCUCCGUACAGAUAUACAACCUCUCGCAGAACAUACAGGAGGAUGACCUGCAGCAUCUGCAACUGUUCACAGAGUACGGGCGGCUGGCGCUGGAAGACAGCGGGCGGACGCCAUUCCAGCGGCUGCAGUUCCUCGUCAGAGACUGGAGCUUCCCUUACGAGGCGCCCUACGGUGCGGAGGGUGGACAGGCUAUAUUGCAGCGAAGGCUUAGGGUAUCAGAUAAGCAGCAUCCGGAGCUGCAGUCGCUGAGGAAGCACAUCACCUCCUGCUUCUCCGAGAUCGCCUGCUUCCUGAUGCCGCAUCCCGGACUCAAGGUCGCCACGGACCCCAACUUUAAUGGCAGGCUGGCAGACAUAGAGUCGGAGUUCAAGCGCGCGCUGCAGCAGCUGGUGCCGAUGCUGCUGGCGCCUGACAACCUGGUCCCGAAGCUGAUCAACGGGCAGCGCGUCAAGGCCAAGGACCUGCCGCAGUACUUCCGCUCCUACAUGAACAUAUACAAGGGCAACGAACUCCCAGAACCUAAGAGCAUGCUUGUGGCGACGGCAGAAGCAAACAAUUUAACAGCGGUAGCGGAAGCUAAGGAAGUGUAUACGACACUAAUGGAGGAGGUGUGCGGUGGGGCGAAGCCCUAUCUGCAGACUCAGCUGUUGGAGGCGGAGCACGGACGCGCGCGUGACAAGGCGCUCCACGCCUUCCAUGCUAAGCGCAAGAUGGGCGGCGACGAGUUUAGCCACGCCUACUGCGAACAACUUGUACAGGACCUUGAGGAGCAGUUCGUUCAGUUCCGCGGCCACAACGAGAGCAAGAACAUAUUCAAGGCGGCGCGCACGCCCUCCGUCUUCUUCGCGAUCGCGAUGUUCUUCUACGUGCUGAGCGGCGUGUUCGGUCUGCUCGGUGUCUACGCACUCGCCAACCUCUGCAACCUCGCCAUGGGCGUGGCGCUGCUCACGCUCGUCAUGUGGGCGUACAUCAGAUACAGUGGGGAGAUGCGGGAGUUUGGUGUCACUAUUGAUGAAACAGCAAACUGGCUAUGGGAAAAUUUAAUGAAGCCAGCUUACCAAACGUGCUUAGAGAAGGGUAUGGAGCACGCGGCGGCUGCGGCCGCGGAGCGCACGCUCGGCCCUGCCCCCGCGCCCGCCACGCCCAGCGUCAACGGCAAACAUAAGCACUUGUGAUGCCGGCCACCACGCCCCGCUCAGCGCCCUGGCCCAUCAACUGCCAGUGCCAGCCCACUGCCAGACUCUGGCAAAAGAGCUGACAAUGUCAGUCCAUUGUCAGUCUCUGGCAAACGAGCUGAUUAUGUCAGUCAAUUGUCAGACUCUGGCAAACGAGCUACCAAUGCCAGUGUAUUCCGCCACUGGAGAUGGCAUAACACAGGACUUACUAACAUAUUUUUAGAUUAAAGGGAGACAGCACUUGUGAACCAAAUCAUGUUAUAUAUAAUUAGUCUAUGGCCUCAAGAGCUCUAUGGUUUUGUUUGGAUUGCAAGAAAAUUGUAUGAAAGUGUUUGCUCAUUAUGUUUGAAAAAUAUGAAAUUACUGCAAUUUUCCUCGGUGGACUUAUUUUUGCA